GGAAUCACGUGAUCGGGCUGUUUAUCAACAAUGUAGUAGCAUUCGGUCCAGAAAGCGGGCGCAGUUACUGUGUGUGUGUGUGAUCUCAGGCAUAUUUGCUGGUAUGGAAAGCUGAGUGUAAGAGUUGCGAAAAUGAAUACAGAGUCGCCCCUCUCAGGAGUAAAUGUAGUGCUGGUUAUGACCUACGGGAGUCUGGUGUUUGUGUUGUUGUUUAUCUUUGUGAAGAGACAGAUCAUGCGUUUUGCUAUGAAGUCCCGCAGGGGACCGCAUGCGCUAGUGGGACACAAUGCUCCAAAGCAGCUGAAAGCAGAGAUUGACUCUCAGCUGGCCAAAGUAAAUAAUAUCUGCUAUGAGCCAUGGCUGCUGGCUUCAGAUGAUGAGAGGCUGAAGCACUGUGGGCAGAAUGGUGUGUGGGUGUUCGCAGGCUGUUUUAACUACCUGUACAGAAUGCAAGCUCUGGAUGCCAUUAGAAACACUGGCAUUGGGUUUCCUGAACUGGCUCGCAGCCCCAGUGCUCUGACCGGCCCCUGCUACAGGAAGUGGCUGCUGGACCUGCAUAGGUCUCACUCCCUGAUCAAAUCCAGCCACAGCGGCCUCAUCGACCGCCUGCUGGAGGGCUACAACAACGCUCGUCACGGCACUGCGGUAUUUGGUGAAGUUGAAUUCCUCAAAUACAAAGAAGACUUGGCUGAGCUGGCUGCCAUUGUGAAAGUGCACUCCAGCUCCACCAGCCUGAACCAGCAGGACCAGUCAGUAGCCAAAGACCUGACAAUCUCGAAUGGCCCGUGCUCAGACUGCAUCAUCCAGAUGACAUACCUGCCCUCCUCAGGCCAGCGCAACAAAAGACCCAAACACUUCCUAGAGCUCAAGAACUUCAAGGACAACUAUAAUACACUAGAAAGCACGCUAUAGGGACCUAAUGGACUGUCCUUGGUGUUGUGGAGACGACUCAUGAAUCUGAGGUUGUUCAAACCUUCUAUAAUAAAUAAAGGAGAAGACUGGGCUGUGUGGGACAGUGACAAGCUGAA